ACCGCUCCCACGUGAUCGCGCUCUUCGCCGCUCUAGGAAGUGCCUGAGUUUGUGCUUUGUAAAAUAGUUAUCAAGAUCGAGACGUCUCGAGAUACAAAAGCGUCAAGUGUGCUGAGAUUUGGAAACGAGUUUCACCGGGAGGCGAGUGUCCUCUGUUGGCUGGGAUCGGUGUCAUGAGUGAUAAGGAGCUGCUAGAGCUGCCCAUGAGCCAGGGCAAGUUUGAGCAGAUAUGGGGGGACCUAGGAUUUGGUGAGCUGAUCAAGGAGCUGCCUCGCACAAACAGUGAUGCUUGGCUUACUGCUGCAUUGCCCGAUGGCCGUUUUACAGAUGGCUUUGACCUGGAUCUUCCAGAGAACUCUGCUGCACACGAUGUAGCCUCAGCUGUGGACAGCCUGCCGCCUCCUGCUACUGUAGUGCCCUCAACCACAGACUAUCCUGGAGAAUACAACUUCCAGUUACACUUUAAUCAGUCCAGCACUACCAAGUCGACCACAUCAACGUAUUCUCAGCUGCUGAAUAAGCUGUAUUGUCAGCUUGCAAAAACAUGUCCCGUGGAUGUGCUGGUGGGCCGAGAGCCACCUAAGGGUGCCAUGCUAAGAGCCACAGCGAUUUAUAAGAAAUCUGAACAUGUCUCUGAGGUGGUAAUCCGCUGCCCACACCACCAGAACAUCGCUGAAAACAAUGAAGGUGUUUCCCAUCGUAGCCAUCUCAUCCGUGUGGAGGGCAGUCAGAGAGUCCAGUAUCAUGAGGAUCCAAACACCAAGAGGCAUAGUGUGACCAUGCUUUAUGAGUCUCCACAGCUGGGUUCAGUGGUAACCACCGUACUGCUGAACUUCAUGUGCAACAGCAGCUGUAUGGGUGGGAUGAAUAGGAGACCAAUUUUCACCAUACUGACCCUGGAAACCUUUGAUGGACAGGUUCUUGGUCGCCGAUGUUUUGAAGUUCGUGUAUGUGCAUGUCCAGGUCGUGACCGCAAAACAGAGGAAGACAAUCUGAAAAGUAUUACUGGGCAGACAGUUACUGGAACAAAGAGAAAGCGUAAAAUUUCAGAUCAGGUGAAAGAGCCACUCCAUCCAGCUGCUCCUGAAUCUACUGAUGAGAUUUACAUUCUUCAGAUACGAGGAAAGGAGCGUUUUGAAAUGCUAAGGACUAUAAAUGCUAGUUUGGAGCUUAUGCACAUGAUGCCUGUUGCUGAUCAAGAAAAGUACAGGCAAAAACGAAAUGCCUUAAAACAUGAUGAAGCCUGUCCGAAGCUGAAGAGUGGCAAAAAAUCUCUUCUAAAAGAUUCGGACUAAAACAUCUUUCCAUUUUGUUACUUUAUUUGUACUCACAAAUCAGAAGUGUACUGGUUUUCUGAAGAUAAAAGUGUAACCUUUGAGUUCAAGCUGUUGUAUAUAUCCAACCAAGUUUUCCAGAUGUUAAAUUUUUUUUUCCUGCAUCCACUUUUAUAUUUUCUUAUUGUUGAAAUAAAUGUUUUGUAAUGUAA